AUGGCAACACCAACAGGAAGCGAUGAUUAUCUUUCUUCAAAGAUAGCUACCAAAAUGAGGCCUUUGCUCACUGCCCUUCUGUUGCUUUGCCUCUUUCUUUUCAUCUCCUCUGGUUCUUCAGUCCAGAUUACGGGUGAUACCCUCAGUCAGGGCCAAUCUCUCUCGGGAAACCAGACCAUGGUAUCCAGGGGUGGCAAUUUCGAGCUUGGUUUCUUCACCUCAGUGCUCCAUGACGAUGGCAACCUUGUCAUAAAAGAUGAUUCUAACUCUCAUUUUUCUUGGCAAAGUUUCGAUCACCCAACAAAUACAUGGCUACCUGGUGCGAAGUUGGGGUAUGAUAGGUUCAGCAAAGAAAACCGUUACCUCACUUCAUGGAGGAAUUCCGAAGAUCCUUCACCUGGGCUAUUCUCUGCUGAGGUCAACCCCAAUGGCUUCCAUCAUUUCUUGCUGAUUAGCAGGAACCGACAAUACUGGCCUUCCGGGAUUGAGGACAUCCUGCUUUUCAGUUCAAUCCCGGCAUUAAAGAAGUUCUACAGCUUCAACUACGUAACAGAUGGGAACACGAGCUACUUCAAUUAUUUUGUUCAUGAUAGUUCUGUUAUCUCAAAUUACAUGUUAGAUUUCACAGGCCAAAUGAAGCGGCGAGUAUGGAACAACGAGAUACGGGAUUGGGUAGUGCAUUGCAUUUUUCCAUCCGAUCCAUGUGAUGUGAAUACACUCUGCGGACCCUUUAGUAGCUGCCGCAACUACAGCUCUCCCUCCUGUGAGUGUUUGCGAGGCUUUGAGCCACUGUCUAUGGAAGAUUGGAAUUUAGGCGAUCACACUGGAGGGUGUGUCAGAAAAGCUCCAUUGCAGUGCGGAGAAAUAGAUGGCUUCAUGAAGCUAUCCAAUGUGCAGUUGCCGGUUAGUCCUGAGCCACUAGCCCUGGGCAGUGCAAAAAAGUGUGAAGUAGCUUGCUUUAAUAAGUGUUCCUGUGUUGCUUACUCUUAUGACAAAGGGUGUUUAAUUUGGAAUGGUGAAAUUCUAAACCUCAAAACAUUGUCUGAUAGUGCGAUCAGUGAAGGAGGAUCAGGAGUUCUUUAUCUUCGUCUUGCUUCUUCAGAGCUCAUGAGGCCUAAUAAUGAGAAGAGUUGGGAGUAUGCUGUGGUCAUUUUUAGUUCGGUGGCAGGUUUUGCUCUCAUCACCGGCAUUGUUUUAGUUCUGAUUUGGAGAUUCUGGAAGACACCAGAAGUUGCAAGUUCAGAGACAGUUCAAGGUUUUCUUGUUAUGUUUGAUUACAAAGUUAUAAGGAGGGCCACGAAGGACUUCUCAGAGAAGCUUGGCCAAGGAAGCUUCGGGACUGUGUUUAAAGGAAUACUGUCAGACUCAACUGUAAUAGCUGUUAAGAAACUUGAAGGUCUUUGUCAGGGGGAGAAGCAAUUCAGGACGGAAGUAAGCACAAUUGGGAUGAUUCACCAUGUCAAUCUAGUCCAUCUUCGUGGCUUCUGCUCUGUAGGUGAUGUAAGGCUACUGGUUUAUGAUUAUGUUCCCAGAGGUUCAUUAGAUUCAUAUUUGUUUAGUAAUGAUUUUGAAACCUUAAACUGGGAUCAAAGGUUCCAAAUUGCACUGGGAGUUGCAAGAGGAUUGACCUAUCUCCAUGAGAAAUGCAGAGAAUGCAUCGUGCACUGCGACAUCAAGCCUGAAAAUGUACUUUUGGAUGUGGGUAUGUGUGCAAAGAUUUCGGAUUUUGGUAUGGCAAAGCUCAUUGGUCAUGAAUUUAGCCAAGUGUUGACGACUAUGAGAGGAACCAUUGGCUAUCUGGCACCAGAAUGGCUCUGUGGUUCUUCUGUCACUCCAAAAGCCGAUGUCUAUAGCUAUGGAUUGGUGCUGCUCGAAAUAAUCUCAGGCAGGCGAAACACGGACAGAUUGGAAGACGGGAAAUUUCUUUAUUUCCCUGUCUGGGCUGCAAUCAAGCUCCAUGAAUGUGACAUUCUUUGCUUACUAGAUGAGAAAUUGGAAGGCAAUGCCAAUGUAGAAGAGCUUAGCCGAGCUUGUAAGAUUGCUUGUUGGUGUAUUCAGGAUCUAGAGAGCAAUAGGCCAACUAUGGCACAGGUCGUUCAACAAUUGGAAGGUCUUUCAAAUGUCAGCAUGCCUCCCAUCCCUCGGUUACUUCAGAAACUUGUCAUGGAUGACAGCAAAGGUGAUAGGGAUGCCGAAUUCUUCAGCACCUCAGAGUCUUCAGAGGAAUUCUCACGCAGCUCAAAAAUAGAUCAUUCGAAGGUGACCAUGUGAAUUCCACAUAUUGAGUGGAUGAUCAUGUUGACAUCUUGAAUUCUUUGAUUAGUUCUGCUUGAUAUCAACUAUAGCGAUGGUAGAAUGAAUGCCUUUCCCGAACUCCAGUGAAGUGAUAUAUUUGUAGUUCUCAUAGAAGAAGCUUUUAGUUUCCUUCUCCUUUACCUCUCUUUCUGUACUAUGUAACCCUUGGCCUCUUUUCAGUGUGUCACCUUUCAUUUCUUAUCG